GGAUGGCGUCAGGGGCGGCCUGUGCGUGGAGCUGAGCUCAGAGGCUGCCGGCCUUCCCGCGUGCGCUGCUUGCCCCAUGCAGUGGGCUGCGGCCGCUAGCCCCGGCUUGGAUCGGCGGCGCUGAGGCGCCCGGGAAGCGUGCGACAUGUCGUCGGGCCUCCGCGCCGCCGACUUUCCCCGCUGGAAGCGCCACAUCUCGGAGGAGCUGCGGCGCCGGGACCGGCUGCAGAGGCAGGCGUUUGAGGAGAUCAUCCUGCAGUAUAACAAGUUGUUGGAAAAGUCGGAUCUUCAUUCAGUGCUGGCCCAUAAACUACAAGCUGAGAAGCAUGACCUGCCAAACAGGCAUGAGAUAAGUCCCGGGCAUGAUGGCGCCUGGAAUGAUGGUCAGCUGCAGGAAAUGGCCCAGCUAAGGAUUAAGCACCAGGAGGAGCUGACGGAGUUACACAAGAAGCGUGGGGAGCUGGCGCAGCUGGUGAUUGACCUGAAUAACCAGAUGCAGCAGAAGGACCGGGAGGUGCAGGCGAAUGAGGCCAAAAUUGCAGAGUGUUUGCAGACUAUCUCCGACCUGGAGACGGAGUGCCAAGAGCUGCGCAGUAAGCUCCAGGACCUCGAGAGAGUGAACCAGACCCUGAAGGACGAGUACGACGCCCUGCAGAUCACCUUCACUGCCUUGGAGGAGAAACUGAGGAAAACCACCGAGGAAAACCAGGAGCUGGUCACGCGGUGGAUGGCUGAGAAGGCCCAGGAGGCCAACCGCUUAAAUGCAGAGAACGAAAAGGAUUCCAGGAGGCGGCAGGCCCGGCUGCAGAAGGAGCUCGCCGAAGCCGCAAAGGAGCCUCUGCCCAUUGAACAGGACGAUGACAUUGAAGUCCUCCUGGAUGAGACCUCUGAGCACCCUGAGGAGGCCUCUCCUGUGCGGGCCGCCAGCAAAGUGGCCACUAAGCGACUCUCGCAGCCUGCUGGAGGCCUUCUGGACUCUAUCACUAAUAUCUUUGGGAGACGCUCCGUCUCUUCCCCUCCCGCACCCCCGGACAACGUGGACACUCACCCCAGCUCUGGUAAAGACGUGAGGGUGCCGACCACCGCACUGUGUAUCUUCGACGCACACGAUGGGGAGGUGAACGCCGUGCAGUUCAGUCCUGGCUCCCGGCUGCUGGCCACCGGCGGCAUGGAUCGCAGAGUCAAACUUUGGGAAGUCCUUGGAGACAAGUGUGAGUUCAAGGGCGCCCUCUCUGGCAGUAAUGCCGGAAUUACAAGCAUUGAAUUCGAUAGUGCUGGCUCUUACCUCUUAGCAGCUUCCAAUGACUUUGCCAGCAGGAUCUGGACUGUGGAUGACUAUCGAUUACGGCACACGCUCACGGGACACAGUGGGAAAGUCCUGUCUGCCAAGUUCCUUCUCGACAACGCACGCAUCGUCUCAGGAAGCCACGACCGUACCCUGAAACUCUGGGACCUUCGCAGCAAAGUCUGCAUAAAGACAGUGUUUGCAGGAUCCAGCUGCAACGAUAUUGUCUGCACGGAGCAGUGUGUCAUGAGCGGACAUUUCGACAAGAAAAUUCGUUUCUGGGACAUCCGAUCAGAGAGUAUCGUCCGAGAGAUGGAGCUGCUGGGAAAGGUGACUGCCCUGGACUUGAACCCAGAACGCACUGAGCUCCUAACCUGUUCCCGGGAUGACCUGCUGAAGAUUAUCGACCUGCGGAAAAAUGCCGUUAAGCAGUCAUUCAGUGCCCCUGGCUUCAAGUGCAGCUCAGACUGGACCAGAGCCGUGUUCAGCCCUGAUGGCAGCUUCGUGACAGCCGGCUCGGCUGAGGGCUCUCUCUACGUCUGGAGUGUGCUCACGGGCAAGGUGGAGAAGGUCCUGUCCAAGCAACACAGCUCCUCCAUCAAUGCCGUGGCCUGGGCCCCGUCCGGUUCCCACGUCGUCAGCGUGGACAAAGGCAGCAAGGCUGUGCUGUGGGCGGAGUACUGA